GCCCGGGGCCGGCGGCGCUCAGAGCCAGCUCGGCAGCUGCCCGGGGGCGAGAGGUACACAGCAGCCGCCGCCGUCCCUUCUCCGGAGGCUGGGGCAGAGCAGCGGCAGCAGCAUGACUUCGGCGGCACUGGAGAUUUUGGGGCUGGGGCUGGGCAUCCUGGGCUGGGUGGGUGUGAUCCUGGCCUGCGGGCUGCCCAUGUGGCAGGUGUCAGCCUUCAUCGACGUGAACAUCGUGGUGGCGCAGACCAUCUGGGAAGGGCUUUGGAUGAACUGCGUGGUACAGAGCACGGGGCAGAUGCAGUGCAAGGUGUACGACUCCAUCCUGGCGCUGAAGCCCGAGGUGCAGGCGGGCCGGGCACUCACGGUCAUCGUGGCGCUGCUGGGGCUGGUGGCACUCAUGGUGACCGUGGUGGGUGCCCAGUGCACCAACUGCAUCCGGCCCGGCAAGAUGAAAUCCCGCAUUGUGAUUGCCGGCGGGGCCAUCUACAUCCUCUGUGGGGUCCUGGUCCUCGUCCCACUCUGCUGGUUUGCCAACAUCGUCAUCAGCGACUUCUACGACCCCACCGUGCCGCCGUCCCAGAAGCGGGAGAUGGGGGCUGCGCUCUACAUUGGCUGGGCAGCCACGGCCCUGCUGCUCUUUGGGGGCUGCCUCAUCUGCUGCUGCUCCUGCUCGCAGCGCGACGAGACCUCCUUCCCUGUCAAGUACUCGGCGCCGCGGCGGCCCACCUCCAAUGGCGAGUAUGACAAGAAGAACUACGUCUGAGUGGGGCUGCUCGGCUCCCCCGGCGCUGCAGGGACGCAUUUGGAUGGCUCUGAGCCGGCGCUGCCAGGCUCUGUUGGCCAGGGGCACAGGCAGGGACCAGUCCCAGGUUGCUCACCCACUGCGCCGGGAGCAUCUGCGGUCAGCUCGGCUGACCAGGCGCUGCAGCGCUCCCCUGCCUAGAGGCUUUCUUAACGGGGCACCCCAGCAAGCGGCGGCCCUAGGCAGGGCAGCGCCUCUCUGCUUGCCAGCCCAGCCUCCCAUCGGGCCAUUGGAGCACCACUCUGGGCCCCACUACCACCCGCCCGCUGUGCUGGCAACGGCACCCACCUGGCUUGCGGUGGCAGCGGGCACCGAGGAGCCUGGGAGAGCCGUGGCCAACUCCGCCAGGGCUGAGCCUGGCUGCCGCUGCUGCCUCCGUCUGCCCGAUGGCCCCUGCUGCAGCUCCGGCCCCGGCCGGCGUUACUGUGGGAGGCUUUGGGAGCACUUCGGCGCCUGCUCCUGCCUCUCGGGGCACUGCCUGGCUGCUGGGACAGGCCAUCGGCUGUGCACUGGCGCAGAGGAGAAGCUUCCCUGCUUCGUGUUCUCUCCUGAAAACCUGCGUCUGACUGAGUUCUGCCGUGGCUUUAAUUGGUUAAGGUUUUUUCUUUUGUUCUUCUUCAGUUUGGGCAACUAAACUAGAGUUCCUGUUUAAAGCACGACAUUAACCUUGGUCCUUAAUCCUGCAGCAAGUAACUAUUUGGAGAAAGGCAUGUGAUUGAUUUUCUUCUUUUGUUUUUGUCCCUCAAGGGAGUGCAUUGGUCUGUGUGCCUUUGAGACUUUUGAAAGUGAUUUCAGACAGUUGCUGUUGUUUAGCAGAGUACAGAGAUUAUCCUAGGUUCUCCAUCCCUUCUCCUUCGACUGCUUCUGUUCUGUUUUUACUUGAAUAUGAACUCAUUGCAGGUUGCCAGAAUUAUUGGAGGACUAGGUUCGGAGACCUAGCAGACCUUUGCAUGUCAUGGCUCCAGCAGGGUGUCCCUCUGCAUCCUCUUAUCUGCAUUACAGGAGACUGGAAACAUAAAUAUUGCCCCGGAUAUUGAUGGUUAGGUUAUGGGAGGCUUUCAUGGCCUUGCUGAUGAGCACUACUUGCUGUCCUUUUUGAAUCAUGUGUUUUCAGUUGGGCAUGCACUUGCUUGACUCCCCACUGUAACUUUGUUAAUGUAUACUUUCCUUCAUUUAUCUAAUCAGACAGAAAUUAAGUGCUAGAAAAGUUUCUCCAAGUAUUUUGACUGAGACUUUACACAUGCUAAUUGGGAGAUGUGAAGUUAUGGCUCUCACAGCCCUCGUAGCUCCUCCAUAGUGUCCUGGUAACUGCAGGCUGGAAGGAAGAUGCUCUGGGCACCAUAACUCUUCUGAGCUCUGGUUAAACUUCACCACAGCCUGGAAUAUUAACACACACCUUUCCAUUUUACACUGUAGAGACAAACGUUUCUUAAAGAAGGGGUUGAAGGGUGGUGUGAUGCUCUCUUGCACAAAUUGUCAAGAGGGGAAAAAAAAAUCUUGUACCUUUAAAUCAACACAGAUUUCUGCUGCAGACUGGCAGCAUCUUUACCGUCAUGAGGAGCUUUCUGCCAACAGCUAGGGAGGAAAUGUGCUGUGAGUACUCCUCAGAGCACAAUGCUACAACUUCAUGGGGCCCUCACAAACACAUAGCAAUACAGCACACACCUAAAUUGUGUAUUAACUCCUACAAGUUUCUGAUAAUGCCGAGACUUACAGACUAACCAUUACUGGGGGUCGUGACAGAUUCAUAUUGAAUGCGUUUUGGCUUUGCUUAGCGAACUUAACACCCCAGCAGUAUCAACACAUACACAGACCUGAAGGAGAGACUAAAGCCUUGCCCCUGCAAAUACAGAUGUUGAAUACUGAGCACAAAUUUCACCCUCUGAAAGGUAACUGCUUUCAUUUCAAACACGUACACUGCAGGGUCCGAACCCGUCAGACAAUACAAAAGCAGAGCAGUAUGUCUAGAACUAGUUCUGUUCUAUAAAGAGGUGCAGUUCUUAUACUGUCUACAUUUAAAUAAAAGCUAUAAUAUUGUUGUUGUGAUGUGAUAUAUAGUUUUGGUACAAGAAUGAAAUAUUCUGUAUUUCAUCAUUGCAACUUUUUUUUAAAGCAGUAUAACCUUGUAAACUGUAAAUGUAUUUAAAUGCAUAUGUUUUGCAAGAAAUGACCAAAGUUGGCUUGUUA